GGGAUAGAGUGUCGGUAGGGGGCACCUUAUUACGCUACGGUCUGCCGAGGAGAGUGGAUGCACUAAAUUAUUGACGCGACAGUUUUUGACUUACGACAUUUUUAACAAUGAAUUAAGUCGAAGGAAACAUAUUUGAUCAAUCUGCCUCUCGGUCGACAACUAUGUCGAGAAAAAGUGCACGAUUGCAGUCCAAAAUAAAAGAAGAAGAAGACUUCGAAAAUUGCAAGAAAAUAAAAAGGAAAAGAAAGGCAGAUGAAGCAUUCGAAGAAGAUGCAAAUAUGAGUAGACGAAGUAAGCAAUUUAGAAUAGAGAAUCAAUGGAUACCAAUAUCGGAAAACUCCUCUAUAAACACAUGUACGCUUGUGCCAAGUGAACCAUUGUCUCCUGACUCAGACAUCAAAACUUCUACAGACAUUGUUCUUAGUUCCCAGUUUAGAUUUAGAAAUAUUUGCACAACUGUGUGCAGAUUAUCUCCAUUGCCUACGUUUAGUUGGGCGGAUUCCCAAGAAGUAUGGACUCAAAUGAUUCGAAAAGAAUCUCAGUACCAUCGGGAUCAAAGAGUUUUUGAUAGACAUCCAACUCUACAACCUCGUAUGCGAUCAAUUUUGUUAGAUUGGAUUAUAGAGGUUUGUGAAGUGUACAGAUUACACAGGGAGACCUUCUACCUCAGUGUUGAUUUUAUUGACCGUUUUUUGUGCACCACAGACAAUGUGAUGAAACACCAACUUCAGCUUGUAGGAAUUACAGCACUCUUCAUUGCAGCCAAAUUGGAGGAAAUCUACCCACCAAAAUUAGCAGAGUUUGCAUAUGUCACAGAUGGUGCUUGUUCAGAGACAGAAAUAUUAGAACAAGAACUAGUUAUUUUAAAGGCUUUGAAGUGGGACCUGGCCCCUUUGACGAUAACAGCCUGGUUGAAUGUAUACCUACAAGUGGCAAAUAUUGAUAAUAUCGUGGAAGCAGAACAUGGCUUUGUGUUUCCUCAGUACUCAUCCCACGCCUUUGUGCAAAUUGCAAGGUUGACAGACCUGUGUAUACUGGACAUUGGCUGCAUGGAACAUACCUAUAGUCAGCUGGCAGCUGCCGCCCUCUACCACCUUACCUCAAAAGAAAUGGUGCUUUCUGUGACAGGAUUUGAGUGGGAGGAUCUCGAGCCAUGUGUGGAGUGGAUGGCACCCUUUGCCCGAACGCACAUAGAUGAGGGCUCAGUGGAGGUCAAAUUCUUCCAGAGCAUUCCUGCGGAAGACUCUCACAACGUUCAGAUUCAUGCAGUGGAUUUGAAUAUGUUGGAGAGAGCUCAAGAAUUACAGGAAGAAAUCCACACUCUGUUGAGGGCCAGAAGUCCUGACCCCCAAGCUCAAAUCAUCACCCAACUUACUCCUCCCCACAGUGGCAACAAGAAAUCAAACACUUCCAAAGUGUCCAAUACCUCAUUCAGUUCUAGUGAGUUGGACUCCUUUGAAAAGGAAAACGAAGAGUUCAAAUAAAAUUGCUAUAAUGAUUAGAAGACAGAUUGAUGGGGAAGUUCUCAAGGUGUGCAUCAAGACAGAAGUGUUACCUCAAGAUUUCAACUUUUGAAUCUUUCCCUUUCUCUACCUGAUGACAAAUAACUCCUCAGGAAAAUUAGAAGGAAUUGAAAAAUAGAAGUAUAUUUUGUAUACAAUUUAAAGAAGUGUGAGGACAUGUCUUGUACAAUUUAGUGCUCCAUGUUGAUUGACAUAUUUAACCCGUGUGGUCGAGUUUGUGUUUGACUUGUAGGGUAUUUAUUGUUGAUACUUAUUGUGUGACUGAGUGCAAUGUGUACUAAUACCAGUGUAUAUAAUCUUUUAGUGUGCUUUAGGGCAGGGUAUCCUCUAAGGAUGGUCAGAGGUAUAUAUUACAAGCAAUGCACAUUCAUCGUUUAUUUCCGUAGGCUGAUGCAGCUUUUGCCUUGUAAAAAGGCAUGGGAGUGUUCAUCAAAUUCGAAUGAAUUUAACUUUAACAAUGAAAUUUUAACAAAUCAAAUAUUUGUUGUAUUUUCAAAGUGUUCAACUCACCCAUGUAGGAAAGGGUAAUGAUUUUUUUUGCAAUAUAUGGCACCAAGUUUUAAUAUAAGCUCCAACAUUCAACCAAACUGUGUUCAUUUGAUUCAGUUUACAUUUGUUGAAAGUUUUAAGAUAUGCAAUUCAUGUACUGAAUCAAUUUUUAUUUUAAAGACUUGAUAUUUUUAUUUUCUGUAGUCGGGUAGAGACGCUGCCACAAAUCCACUUGUGUUCACAAUUUCACCAAAUGUGUUCAUUUUUUAAUUUUGUCAGAUGUAUGAAUGUAUGUGUGACUGAGCAAGAAUGUAGAAAGUGAAGGAAAUUGUCAGAGAUUUUAUGGUGAAAAGUACAAGAUAAAUGUGCAAUGUUUAAUCUUUAUUUUACAAGUCAGAAUAUGUGAUUUUUCUCCAUACAUGUAAAUACCAUGUACUACUUUUUGAGUGGAGAGCAUUUCUGUCAAAUCAGUUUCCAAUUUUUUUUUUUUCACUCAAAAUAUAAUCUGAACCUUUUUCCCCAAUAUCUAGCAAAGUCCAACAUUUCAAAUCAUGGGUUUUGAUGGCCAUGCUCUCUACUCAAACUAGAAGUCUAUAAAAAAAAUUUGCUCUUUAUUGGCAUCUCAGUAAAGAGGCCUUGAACAAGAGAACUCAAGAUUUAUGACAGUAUUUACUCUGUAUACACUGCAAUAUUAAUUAUAGUCAGCAGAGAAAGCUCUAACUGUAACAUAGUAUAUUGUUUAUCUUUCCUGUUGAUUGUUUUUUUUUUCUUUACACUGAUGUUAUACCUUUUGUGCAUUUUAAAUAUGGAGUUGAACGAUACUGAUGAACAAUUCUAUGAAUUGAUUUUUUUUUCUCUCUAUGCAAAUAAAAUACUUUCAAAGGCAUCAUCCACUUUAUUGAAAAAUCUCAUUUACUUUGAUAAAUUGAUUUUUUAUCAAUCAUGAAUUUUCAUACAGUAAUCAUUAUGCUCACAGUCUGCAUAUAAUGCAAAUACAAACGGUUUUAUGGGUCUCUGCUUUUAUAUAUGCUUAAAUUUAAAAGAAGGAAAUUGUCAUGUCUCAUCCAUGAAAUGGAAAAAAGAAACUUUCAAAUGAAUAAGAAUUAAAUGUGGUGAAUGGCUGUAUAAGAAUGUUGUGUCCAAUGAAGAUUUUCUGUGAAUUUAUUUAAUAAUUUAUCUGCUGUAAUUUAUGAUUUAUCUGACACAGAUUUAAAGGUAUAUAAUUUAAAUUUAAUCAUAUUAAUUUAUUUUCUUUUAUUUAUCUUUCUUUCUUAAAAAGUAGUAUUCAUAUGUUUAUUGUAUUAUCUUGUACAGCAACAGUAUAGUAUAUUGAAUAUAUAGAAUUAUAUGAAAUACACAUGUAAUAUCAAGCAAAAAACAAAUUGAAAAGCAUUGUGUAUUAAUACUGUAGUUUUUUUUUUAAAUGUAGAGUGACUAGUAUGAUAUUAGUGUGCAUUACAGAAUGUGUACAGCUGAACUUUUUUAUGCAAAACACUGAAAGCAAGUUGAACCAUUUAACAUCAGUUCCUCUCAUACUCAUGUUUAUGUUGUUCUCAUCCUCAAAACAUCACAGUUUGUUAUAGUUAAGUUUUAAAUAUUUGACAGAGCAAGUUUUAGUCAAAUGUAUUUAACAAAAAAGCAAUAAAUGUUGUUGUAAUUAC